AUGCGUAGUAAGCAUCCUGCAAGCGCGCCGUCUCCUCUCCCUAACAUCCAUGUUACCAACUAUGGGCGCAUCAACUCGCCCGGUGACGACAUCCGGGUAGACAUGGCGAAAGAGAAGCACCAACCGGCGGGGUGCUCCAACACCGGCUCUGGCGCAAGUUGUGACGAGGAAGAGGGCAACGAAGACGCCGGCGACGAAGAUCAUGGCGACGAAGACGAAGAGGACUGGCCGGAAAACGGCCACGACGACAGCGCAUCUGGUGACGAGGUGCCUGCCGGAGGCAUCGACGAUGACGACUGGUGGAUGCAGCCGAUAGGCUCCGGCGACAAUGUGGAGGAGUGGCACGCCGGCGACGAUGACGAUGACAGAGGCGCGGAUGCAGUUGCUGAUGCGGCGGCGGAUGCGACGGUAGAAGCUCAGGCGGCGGGUGCAGAUGCGGAGGCGGAUGCAGAUGCGGAUGCGGAGGCAGAUGCAGAUGCGGAUGCGGAGGCGGAUGCAGAUGCGGAUGCGGAGGUGGAUGCAGAUGCGGAGGCUGAAACAGGCGCAAAUACGGCUGUUGUUGUGGUGGCGGAGGCGGGUGAUGGCCGUGAUGCUGUCUUCUUCGAAGGCGAGGACGACGCGGACGACCCAUGGCGCGUCUCGUCAGAUGAUGACGUGCCUCUGUUGAAGAGGCGGCUGCGUCACAGCCUAGGCGUGUCCCGGAAAAAAACCCGGGUGCUGCUCUCGGACGACGACAGCCCGGAUGAGGAGCGGCGACCCCGCGUCCCUGCUGCUGACAAGGGGAAGGCUAAGGUGGUUGAGGUUCCUGCUAAGGUCGCACAGCAUCACUCCGGCUGGAACCUGAGGAGACCCCCGCAUCCCGUGGUGCUGCAGUGGAUAGCGGAGGCGUGGGAUCAAGUCCCUAGGCAGGUGAUCAUUGACGCGUUCCGUCACUGCGGCAUCUCAAGCAAGCUGGAUGGGACCGAGAACCAUCUGGUGAUGUCCCACCUGCGCGCCAGGAGCACCACCGAUGUCACCGAAGACAUGUGCCUCGGGGGCACCACGGGCGACAACACGCGCCUGCUUGGGAAGGCUCCCGAGGAGGAGGAGGAGGAGGAGAUGCAGGCGGAGGGCGUGAAAGAGGUGGCCGUGGCCACCGGCCUGGAGGUGCUGUACCAGGAGACCCCUCACUACCGGGGAGCGGCGGCCGAGGCUGACCGCAUGAUCGAGCCCGUGCAGACAGCCAGGCACGCCUGGCGAGUGCCAGACUUGGGGAUGCAGGAGCCACCAUCUACUAGUGCAGAUGAGGAGGGCGUAACAGAGGGGGGCUAG